AUGCCUGGCUGGUCGCCGCUUCCAGCACUGGUGAUGGCAGCAGAGGCAGCCACGUGCAUGUUACCGCUUCUGUCGGACCGUAAGAGCAUGGAAAAAGUCCGGGCAGUUUUCCGAAUCGAAGAAGGUUCCUUUUCCUUCUGCUUCCUGCUGCUCUGGCACCGACACCGCGAUGGCAAAACGACACGAAAUUCCGAGAUAGCCUUGGGCAAAGAGGUCUCCAUCGAAGAACUCCUGCUUCACUCGCCGGGCUUCUUACCCCGUGCCAAGUCAUGUGGAGACUUUGGCAGAGACUCUAUCGGUGUUCGCAGAAGGCACUCGUGA